UGGAGACAUUUUUAUUUUAAAGAUCCGCGGUCUGAUCUCUGGUGUUUAGAGCUCUUAUCGAGCUCUAGGUGAAUAAAGGGUCUUGGAAUCCAUGGAGUGGGCGGGGCCUCGAGUGCGGAGCCUGAGAUUGGCAGGUGACCCCUGACCGCCUGAUUCUUUUCUCGCUCGAGGUCUCAGAGGUCUCACGCUUGGCAGCCGCUCUGCACCCAGGAUGAGCCGUUUCUUGGCGGUGCUCCGCAGUUGGCUUAUGAUGGUCUCCAUCAUCGCAGCCGGGAACACGUUCCAGAGCUUCAGAGACCACAGCUUCCUGAGCGACAAGCUGUACACCGGCAGACCCGGCCAGGUGAACGGUCUCCAGGCUCGUACGUUCGGCGUGUGGACUCUGCUGUCCUCCAUUAUUCGCUGCGCAUGUGCCAUUGAUAUCCGGAACAAAACGCUCUAUCACCUCACUCUGUGGACCUUCGUCCUUGCGCUGGGCCACUUCGUGGCCGAGGUCUUUGUGUAUCACACGGCGGAGAUGACCAUCGGCGUUAUGGCUCCACUGAUGGUUGCCAGCUUUUCGAUCCUGGGGAUGCUGAUCGGGUUUCAGUAUCUGGAGCCUGUACCGGAUCCCCCCAGCUCCAUCACCAAGAAGAGAAGCUGAAGGAAGCCCCUAGCGGCCCUGAUGAGGGUCGUGCCAAGAGCUAACAUUCCAGCCGGCGUGUCAGCCUGCAAGCCGGCCUGAAACCUCCGCUGAUAACCCCGCCCACCGCGCCCCGCUAUUGGUCGGCUGUAAAACGUGUUUUAUUGUGUGAAUAAACAAUUUUAUUGACAUCA